UGUAGUUGCUAUCAAAUACAAGGAUGGAAUUCUUAUGGCUGCUGACAUGGGAGGUUCUUAUGGAUAUACCUUGCGAUACAAGAGUGUUGAGCGAUUGAAGCCAAUUGGAAAACAUUCUCUUCUUAGUGCAAGUGGAGAAAUUAGUGAUUUUCAGGAGAUUCUACGUUAUCUUGAUGAGCUAAUUCUAUAUGACAACAUGUGGGAUGACAGGAACUCUUUAGGUCCUAAAGAGGUGCACAGCUAUUUAACCCGAGUGAUGUAUAAUAGGCGUAACAAGUUUAAUCCACUAUGGAAUUCACUUAUACUUGGUGGAGUGAAAAAUGGACAGAAAUACCUUGGCAUGGUCAGCAUGAUAGGCGUAAAUUUUGAGGACAACCAUGUGGCCACUGGAUUUGGGAAUCACCUUGCAAGGCCAAUUCUUCGUGAUGAGUGGCAUAAUAACCUGAGCUUUGAGGAUGGUGUUAAGUUGCUGGAGAAAUGCAUGCGUGUACUUCUAUAUUGUGAUACUACUGCUGUCAACAAGCUCCAGAUAGCAAAAAUCACUGAAGAAGGUGUAACCAUUUCUCAGCCAUACUCACUGAAGACUUUCUGGGGUUAA